AUGAAGUCUAAGUAUUGUUUAUUUAUACUUCCUUCAUUCGAAGUAUUGUUUAUUUAUACUUCCUUCAUUCGAAGUAUUGUUUAUUUAUACUUCCUUCAUUCGAAGUAUUGUUUAUUUAUACUUCCUUCAUUCGAAGUAUUGUUUAUUUAUACUUCCUUCAUUCGAAGUAUUGUUUAUUUAUACUUCCUUCAUUCGAAGUAUUGUUUAUUUAUACUUCCUUCAUUCGAAGUAUUGUUUAUUUAUACAUCCUUCAUUCGAAGUAUUGUUUAUUUAUACUUCCUUCAUUCGAAGUAUUGUUUAUUUAUACUUCCUUCAUUCGAAGUAUUGUUUAUUUAUACAUCCUUCAUUCGAAGUAUUGUUUAUUUAUACUUCCUUCAUUCGAAGUAUUGUUUAUUUAUACUUCCUUCAUUCGAAGUAUUGUUUAUUUAUACUUCCUUCAUUCGAAGUAUUGUUUAUUUAUACUUCCUUCAUUCGAAGUAUUGUUUAUUUAUACUUCCUUCAUUCGAAGUAUUGUUUAUUUAUACUUCCUUCAUUCGAAGUAUUGUUUAUUUAUACAUCCUUCAUUCGAAGUAUUGUUUAUUUAUACUUCCUUCAUUCGAAGUAUUGUUUAUUUAUACUUCCUUCAUUCGAAGUAUUGUUUAUUUAUACAUCCUUCAUUCGAAGUAUUGUUUAUUUAUACUUCCUUCAUUCGAAGUAUUGUUUAUUUAUACUUCCUUUCAUUCGAAGUAUUGUUUAUUUAUACUUCCUUCAUUCGAAGUAUUGUUUAUUUAUACAUCCUUCAUUCGAAGUAUUGUUUAUUUAUACAUCCUUCAUUCGAAGUAUUGUUUAUUUAUACUUCCUUCAUUCGAAGUAUUGUUUAUUUAUACUUCCUUCAUUCGAAGUAUUGUUUAUUUAUACUUCCUUCAUUCGAAGUAUUGUUUAUUUAUACUUCCUUCAUUCGAAGUAUUGUUUAUUUAUACAUCCUUCAUUCGAAGUAUUGUUUAUUUAUACUUCCUUCAUUCGAAGUAUUGUUUAUUUAUACUUCCUUCAUUCGAAGUAUUGUUUAUUUAUACAUCCUUCAUUCGAAGUAUUGUUUAUUUAUACAUCCUUCAUUCGAAGUAUUGUUUAUUUAUACUUCCUUCAUUCGAAGUAUUGUUUAUUUAUACUUCCUUCAUUCGAAGUAUUGUUUAUUUAUACAUCCUUCAUUCGAAGUAUUGUUUAUUUAUACAUCCUUCAUUCGAAGUAUUGUUUAUUUAUACUUCCUUCAUUCGAAGUAUUGUUUAUUUAUACUUCCUUCAUUCGAAGUAUUGUUUAUUUAUACAUCCUUCAUUCGAAGUAUUGUUUAUUUAUACAUCCUUCAUUCGAAGUAUUGUUUAUUUAUACAUCCUUCAUUCGAAGUAUUGUUUAUUUAUACAUCCUUCAUUCGAAGUAUUGUUUAUUUAUACUUCCUUCAUUCGAAGUAUUGUUUAUUUAUACAUCCUUCAUUCGAAGUAUUGUUUAUUUAUACAUCCUUCAUUCGAAGUAUUGUUUAUUUAUACUUCCUUCAUUCGAAGUAUUGUUUAUUUAUACUUCCUUCAUUCGAAGUAUUGUUUAUUUAUACUUCCUUCAUUCGAAGUAUUGUUUAUUUAUACAUCCUUCAUUCGAAGUAUUGUUUAUUUAUACAUCCUUCAUUCGAAGUAUUGUUUAUUUAUACUUCCUUCAUUCGAAGUAUUGUUUAUUUAUACUUCCUUCAUUCGAAGUAUUGUUUAUUUAUACAUCCUUCAUUCGAAGUAUUGUUUAUUUAUACAUCCUUCAUUCGAAGUAUUGUUUAUUUAUACAUCCUUCAUUCGAAGUAUUGUUUAUUUAUACAUCCUUCAUUCGAAGUAUUGUUUAUUUAUACAUCCUUCAUUCGAAGUAUUGUUUAUUUAUACUUCCUUCAUUCGAAGUAUUGUUUAUUUAUACAUCCUUCAUUCGAAGUAUUGUUUAUUUAUACAUCCUUCAUUCGAAGUAUUGUUUAUUUAUACAUCCUUCAUUCGAAGUAUUGUUUAUUUAUACUUCCUUCAUUCGAAGUAUUGUUUAUUUAUACAUCCUUCAUUCGAAGUAUUGUUUAUUUAUACAUCCUUCAUUCGAAGUAUUGUUUAUUUAUACAUCCUUCAUUCGAAGUAUUGUUUAUUUAUACAUCCUUCAUUCGAAGUAUUGUUUAUUUAUACUUCCUUCAUUCGAAGUAUUGUUUAUUUAUACAUCCUUCAUUCGAAGUAUUGUUUAUUUAUACUUCCUUCAUUCGAAGUAUUGUUUAUUUAUACAUCCUUCAUUCGAAGUAUUGUUUUAUUUAUACAUCCUUCAUUCGAAGUAUUGUUUAUUUAUACAUCCUUCAUUCGAAGUAUUGUUUAUUUAUACAUCCUUCAUUCGAAGUAUUGUUUAUUUAUACUUCCUUCAUUCGAAGUAUUGUUUAUUUAUACAUCCUUCAUUCGAAGUAUUGUUUAUUUAUACUUCCUUCAUUCGAAGUAUUGUUUAUUUAUACAUCCUUCAUUCGAAGUAUUGUUUAUUUAUACAUCCUUCAUUCGAAGUAUUGUUUAUUUAUACAUCCUUCAUUCGAAGUAUUGUUUAUUUAUACAUCCUUCAUUCGAAGUAUUGUUUAUUUAUACUUCCUUCAUUCGAAGUAUUGUUUAUUUAUACAUCCUUCAUUCGAAGUAUUGUUUAUUUAUACAUCCUUCAUUCGAAGUAUUGUUUAUUUAUACAUCCUUCAUUCGAAGUAUUGUUUAUUUAUACUUCCUUCAUUCGAAGUAUUGUUUAUUUAUACUUCCUUCAUUCGAAGUAUUGUUUAUUUAUACAUCCUUCAUUCGAAGUAUUGUUUAUUUAUACUUCCUUCAUUCGAAGUAUUGUUUAUUUAUACUUCCUUCAUUCGAAGUAUUGUUUAUUUAUACAUCCUUCAUUCGAAGUAUUGUUUAUUUAUACUUCCUUCAUUCGAAGUAUUGUUUAUUUAUACAUCCCUUAUUCAGAGACCUAUAA